AUGCGUUGUCUGCUGUAUCACCCGAAGCAGCGCCGCUGGGUGGACCGCUGGCGGUUCUUCGGUGACUUCUUUGCGGACCCAUAUUCAAAUUUCGUAGCGCGCAGGCAGCACCAGCAGCAGCAGCACAGGCUGCAGCUGCAGCAGCAGCAGCAGCAGCGGCAGCAGCAGCAGCAGCAGGGGCAGGGGUGGCAGCCGCAGCAGCAGCUGCACCAGCUGCCCAAAGGGAUAGGCAUAAAGAGGAAGCGGACAUCGCUGGAUCUGCUGCAUGCGGCCUUUGUUAAGCGUCUCCCUAAACACGAUGAGGAGCUGCGGCAGCUGCUGCAGCAAGCUGCUGCAGCAGAGGAAAGAAAGAUACUGCUGCUGCCCCCAAACAAGGAUCAAGCAGAUCAAGUGUCUCCUUUCAGCAACAGCAGCAGCAGCAGCGACAGCAGCAAAGACCAAGAUCAACAGCCGCAGUUCCGCCUCUAG